UUGGGCGUCUUUCUCGAUAUCGAGAAGGCGUUCGACCGGGUGUGGCACACAGGAUUACUCUAUAAAUUAGAUGUGCAAACAAGUAUCCCUCCUGCUAUAUUGCGGCUAGUGGCGUCUUUCCUGGAAGGCAGGAAGUUCUACGUCUGCAUAGAGGACGCCGAGUCCGCAAUAAAGACCAUAACAGCUGGUGUGCCACAGGGCAGCUGUCUAUCUCCAGCCCUGUACGCGGCGUACACUAAUGACAUACCUACCCUGGCAGGACACUUGCACGAAUGGGAGGACGACGUCGAACUAGCGCUAUUUGCGGAUGACAGCGCAUACUUCACGUCGUCCAGAAGAGCCCACAUAGCAGCUGCCAGGAUGCAACGUCUGCUGGACCUGCUGCCUCCAUGGUUGGAUGAGUGGAGGAUGGCCGUCAAUGUUAGCAAGACGACCGCUCUACUCACUCGCCGCUAUAGAAAUCUACCGCCACCGCUAACCCUCGGAGGCCAGGAGAUCGCAUAUGAGAAGGCCAUGACCUACCUUGGAUGUCGGAUUGACAGGAUGUUGCCUGCUCCGGCCUGGUAUGCGCUCCUGAGCGAUCGUCAGAAGCAGGGACUUCAGGCCCAGCAGAGUUUGUCAUUACGAACUAUAGUCGGUGCGGGUCGCUACGUCCGUAAUGACGUCAUAGCGGCCAACCUUAAGAUGGAGAGCCUGCAUGAAUUCGUGGUCCGGCUGGCGCGCGGUAUGUUCGACCGCGCCGACAACGGGCCACAUGAACACCUCAACGGCUUCGCGCCGUUGCACUCUCAGCCGCCGGACGGGCGACCCUAUCCAAGAGAACUCCUCCCUAUAUAG